AUGGCAAAGCGCCUCGGAGGUGGAUGUGCAGGAAAGGUCCUGGGACGCGAGGAGCGCUUGGAGAAGCUGGAAAACUCUUGCGCCUAUGGAGGAGCACCUGUUCCCGCUAAGUCUGGUCGCCCGCCACCAGGCCCCAAGAAUGGCCCAGCCAGGCCUCUUCCAGCUGGACGCCCGUCCUCCAGCGGGCGCACAUCGUCGGCAGCGCGGGCGUCGUCGCAUGGGAGGGUUCCGCCCAAGCCAGGGAGCAAUAUUCACACCUUGGGAUCGCUUGAAGGAACUGGUAGCCGGCUCGGAGAUACAACCGAAGCAUACCGCCAGCAGCGCGGAACAACUGCCAAGAAGGUUUCAGAAGUGGGCUACGAGUCCAUGACGCCGGAAAAAGCUGCCGAGGUCGACAAGGCAAGGGCCAAGGUUCGUGGAGAGAUCAGUUCCACCAGGUCUGCCAGCGUUCCCACCAAGACGCGUGUGUUCGGCGUCAGUGGUCAAAAAAUAUCACAGUGCCCCAGCAAGGGCACCGCUCACCGCUUAGGAGAGGACAAAGGUAGGCGCAUUGGAUGA